AUGGCGGAAGAGAGCCCGGAGCUCCAAUCCGCUCUGCGGAACCUGGACCGUGAAUUAGAGGAGGGCGACAUCACAGAGAAAGGGUACCAAAAGCGGCGCACCCUCCUCCUUUCGCAAUUCCUCGGUCCAAACAAGCCUCUCGAUAUCAAUUCGCAUGCGACAUCCAGCCAUGCGGACUCAUUUGGUUCCUCCCAGAUGGCCCCUCCGGCCAUCUUGAGCGUUCGACCCCCGACUGCCGACUCAUCACAACCUGCAAUUUCGUCUCCAACUUAUGCUGGCGGGUAUGAAGGUUCCGGUGGGGGUUAUGGGUACAACCACGGUGUCAGCAUGGACCUGCAGAACUCGUCCCCUGCGCCAACCGGAGGGUCUUACGACAGAGAUAGCACGGGCAUGUUGCAGACACUUGAUCGUAUGCCAUCUUCGACAUCGCAUGAUUCGCUCUUUCUCCCCAAACCACCUCCCUUGGGAUCGCAAGGCCAAGAUGGCUCCAGGACAGCAACCCUUAUGAGCCAGAACUACGCUUUCAACCCGGAGACUCAGCAUGAGUAUUCUCAACCCGAAUACUCUCAGCCUGAGUAUGCCCAGGCCGAGUACGCCCAGGCCGAAUAUGCCCAACCCGAGUAUGUGGAUGAUGCUAUGGGUGUCUACGACCCUGCUGGCGGUGUCACGCGACAGUCAACCAUGCUGGACUCGCAGCAGGGAUACUUCUCAGACUUUGCCGGUCAGCAGCAUGAUGACUACAGAGAUAGCUACGGUGGUGGGUUCCAUCGAUAUUCUCAAUCUGGAGAAGCUUUCUCUCCCACGGCAAACAUGGCGCCGCCGUUCAUCCCGCCUUCGGAAUUGGCUCACGGGCCAGCCAUCCAACAUUUGCUACCACUUGAGCCUCGAGACAUCCCGUUCGCCGUUAACGACCCUCAUGAAAAGAAUACCCCCAUGUCUAAUUUCGACAACAUUCCCGCCGUUCUGCGACAUCGCGCACGUGCUCAUCCGAAGCAGCCGGCAUAUUGGGUCUUGGAUCAGAAGGGAAAGGAGAUCGCAUCUAUUACGUGGGAUAAGCUAGCUAGCCGCGCCGAGAAGGUCGCUCAAGUUAUCCGCGAUAAAAGUAACCUGUACCGUGGAGACCGCGUUGCUCUGAUCUAUCGCGAGACAGAAAUAAUCGAGUUUGCUGUUGCGCUCAUGGGAUGCUUUAUCGCAGGAGUGGUUGCAGUUCCUAUUAACAGCCUCGAUGACUACCAAAGUCUGAAUUUGGUCCUCACCUCAACCCAGGCACAUCUUGCGUUGACCACGGAAAACAACCUGAAGGGAUUCCAACGCGAUAUCACUGCCCAGAAACUCAAUUGGCCCCGUGGAGUCGAGUGGUGGAAAACGAAUGAAUUCGGGAGCUUCCACCCAAAGAAGAAGGAUGACUCCCUCCACUUGUCGUACCCGACCUGGCCUAUAUCGAGUUUGCUCGAGCACCGACAGGAGAUAUGCGUGGAGUUGUGA